AUGGCCUCUCUACGAAAACCUCGCCGCAGUCCUUCUCGCUGGAGAAAGUCGAGGAACCCAGCGGCCACCGCGCCUCGCGGGGACGAACGCGCCCUCGCAUUUUCCACACGCACGACGAAGCCGCCGUUUCUCGUUGUCGCCGUUUCCCGUGGCACGUCGGCGCAGGUCCUCGUCCGCGUCUCUGAAGUCCAGCUCCAGCUCCAGCGGCGCUGA